AUGUCGAGAGCUCAAUUAUCAACAAAUCCUGCUGCUUUAGCAGCUGCAGCAGCUACUUCAAAUUCAAAUCAAAAUAUAAGUAACCAACAAAUUAGUCAAUCGAACACUCAAACUAAUAUUAAUGGGAAUUUGAAUUCCAAUACAUCAUCUUCAUCUUCAAAUAAUAAUAAUAACAGUGUAGUUGGAUUACAUUACAAAAUUGGUAAAAAAAUUGGUGAAGGAUCCUUUGGAGUUAUCUUUGAAGGUACUAACAUAAUAAAUGGAGUUGCUGUUGCUAUUAAAUUUGAACCAAGAAAGACCGAUGCUCCACAAUUAAGAGAUGAAUAUAGAACUUAUAAACAUUUACAUGGAUGUGAAGGUAUAGCCAAUGCUUAUUAUUUCGGUCAAGAAGGUUUACAUAAUAUUUUAGUUAUUGAUUUAUUAGGACCUUCUUUGGAAGAUUUAUUUGAUUGGUGUGGUAGAAGAUUUUCCAUUAAAACCGUGGUACAAAUUGCUAUUCAAAUGAUUGAUUUAAUUGAAACUGUUCAUAAACAUGAUUUAAUUUAUAGGGAUAUUAAACCUGAUAAUUUCUUAAUUGGAAGACAAGGAUUAAUUGAUGAAAAUAAAGUUCAUUUAGUUGAUUUUGGUAUGGCAAAACAAUAUAGAGAUCCAAGAACUAAAAAUCAUAUACCUUACAGAGAAAAGAAAUCAUUAAGUGGUACAGCCAGAUAUAUGUCAAUUAAUACUCAUUUAGGUAGAGAACAAUCAAGAAGAGAUGAUUUAGAAGCUUUAGGUCAUGUAUUUUUCUACUUUUUAAGAGGUCAAUUACCUUGGCAAGGUUUAAAAGCUCCAAAUAAUAAACAAAAAUAUGAAAAAAUUGGUGAUAAAAAGAGAACUACUCCUGCUAUUACUUUAUGUGAUGGUUUACCAAGACAAUUUGCUGAAUAUUUGGAUAAUGUAAGAUCAUUAAAUUUUGAUGAAGAACCAGCUUAUGAAGAAUACAGAAUGUCAUUAUUAAGUGUUUUAGAUGAUUUAGGACAAACUGCCGAUGGAGAUUAUGAUUGGUUGCAUUUAAAUAACGGUAAAGGUUGGGAUGCAUCAAUUAAUAAAAAGCCAAAUUUACAUGGUUAUGGACAUCCAAAUCCUCCAAAUGAAAGAGAAAGAAGACACAGAGACCCUAGAAGAAACAGACAUCAUCAACAACCAACUAACCAACCUUCAAACCAACAACAUUUACAAAACAAUAAUAAUUUAUCCAAUCAACCAGUUAAUAACAAUUCCAACAAUUCUAAUUCUAAUCUAAAUCAAUUUAAUAAUGGUAGAGAGUUAACUGCUGCUCAAUUACAUCAACAAAAAUUACAACAUUUGGUUAAUAGACCUUUACCUCCAAUUAAACAAGAAAUUAAUCAAUCCAACCAAAACUUAUCCAAAUAUGAACAAAGACAAAAUCAAUAUGACCAACAAAAGGAUGAAGAAAAAGGUUUCUGGUCCAAAUUCUGUUGUCAAUGA